CUUGAUUAUAGGUAGAGAAAGGUUGUUGUCCAAUGAAGAACAGUCUGUUAGAGUUUUAAUGAGACGUUUUGCAAGAUUUCUUGAUGCAGAGACAACAGAAAAACUAAUACAGAGUUUUUUAAAUGAAAAUAGGUUGAUCAAGAGAAUCAAGAUUCUUCAAACUUAUCGUUGCCUUGGUAUCAAAACACUAGCUGGUGGUGAACUGUAUGAAAGGUUAAGAGAAAAGAGAGAGAAAACAAGAGAAAGAAUGAAGGCAUCACUUGAUUUAAUAACAAAGAAUAACAAGUCAAUGGCUUUAAGAGAGCAGCAGAAUGCUACUAUAUCAUGUACUAAUACUGAACUACAAGGACAACAAGCAAUGUGUAGUACUGGUAAAACAAAAUACUCAUUAACUCCAUUAAACAUUACAUACUCACCCGGUGUGGAGCAACUGGAUCAUGAAGAGAAACAAAUAUGUUCAGUCCAUCGUAUAUUACCUGAUGUAUAUUUACACUGUAAAGGAGUAAUGAUUGCUGAGAGUAGGAAAUGUGGAGGGAAGCUACGUCUGAUGGAUGCUAGGAAGUUGUGUCGUAUUGAUGUAAAUAAAACUAGAAAGAUAUAUAAUCAUCUUGUGUCUAAAGGACUUGUACAACUUUCAUCUUAACUUAUUAAUGCAUGUAUGUGUAUUUAUCAUUGAAUGCAUUUGUAAUAAUUGAUAAUCUGAAUUGGCUGCAUGGCA